GGCUAUAACCACGAAUGAGGUUAUAAACCAAUUAUUGCACCACGUUGGUGCGAUGUGCAUACACCAACUCAGUCUUCUUGCUACCAACCCAAAUCUUCCAAUCACAAGUGUCCUGGGCAAACAACAUCCGAUCGAAGCUCACCAUCUCAGCAGUAUUUGUGACAUUAUGGAGAAGGCCAUGGUUAAUGGAGACACCUGUAUCAUACGCUGCAUUCUUGUUGUCUUUCAGGUGGUAUUUAAAUUUUUCUUCAGCCCACAAACUGAAAGGAAUCGAGACAUUAUUCGACGGUCAGGAUUGCUUCUUUGGCAGCUGUUGAUGGCACCAAAAGAUCAAAUUUGCCUUGAAAUUCAGAAGGAAGUCUGCCUUGCCAUCAGGUAAUCAGCAAGUAAUUUCCAUAGCACUCUCUUCAAAAUGCUUCCCUUGCAUUGCAUCAUGAUCUUCCCGGCCAGCUGGUAGCAUAGACAUCUCUUCCCCCAUCCCAUCCAUCCAUCAGAACCUCGUGAACAGAGGAUAAUUCAACUGGACAGA